AGGUCCUGUAGGGAGCAACACACAUGCACUUCCCAUGCAGCAUCCAGCUUUCAUAAAGCAGUCGACUAUGAACAGGAUAACCGAGAUCAAUGAAGGCUGGAAAGAGGUGAAAGGAAAAUGUCUACUUCAGGAUAUUGCGAUAAAAUCCUCACAGAUCCUGCACUGAUCCUGCAACACAGCUGACAGCAGCGCAGGGUGUUAGGAUGGAGAGGAUGGAUGUGUGCGGAUGAUGUGCUCGCAUCAGUGACUAAUCCAUCUCUGCUAGGAGAGGAGAGAUGCAGGGAUAAAAAAACGCCGUCGCAUCUCUUCAGUCUGCCUCUGAAUAUUAUCCCACGAAGAGAACAGAAGAGAAGAGAAGAGGACGGCAGGGAAACAGAGGAGAGGAGGUGGAGAGGUUCAGGAGCUGCACUAUUCUCCUGAGCGAUUGACCGACCCGCUGCAGGAACAAGCCAAACCCACCGGUGUGAGGGGUAGCGCACAGUGAGAGCAGCCAUGUCUCAUGGAUGGGGAUACGGACCAGCUAACGGACCUGACAAAUGGGGAGAUGAUUUUCCAGUAGCUAACGGGCCCAGACAGUCUCCCAUCAACAUUGUCCCUAAGGAAGCCCAGUAUGCCCCCUCUCUGAAGGCUCUGAAACUCAAGUAUGACCCCUCCAACUCCACGGGCAUUCUCAACAACGGACAUUCCUUCCAGGUGGAUUUUGUGGAUGAUGAAGACACUUCCACCCUGACUGGAGGUCCUAUUUCAGGAAGGUACCGUCUGAAGCAGUUUCAUUUCCACUGGGGAGCAAGUGAUGACAGAGGCUCCGAGCACACUGUCAACGGCAUCAAGUUCCCCUGUGAGCUUCAUCUGGUGCACUGGAACACCAAGUACCCCAGCUUCGGAGAGGCAGCCAGCCAGCCUGAUGGACUGGCUGUGGUUGGGGUCUUUCUUAAGAUUGGUGCUGCCAACCCCAGGCUGCAGAAAGUUCUGGAUGCCUUAAAUGAUAUUAAGACAAAGGGAAAGCAGACCACCUUUGCUAACUUUGACGCAAAGACGCUUCUUCCUGGCUGUCUGGAUUAUUGGACUUAUGAUGGCUCUCUGACCACACCACCUCUUUUGGAGAGUGUCACCUGGAUCGUCCUCAAGGAGCCAAUAAGUGUCAGCCCUGUGCAGAUGGCAAAGUUCCGCAGCCUUCUCUUCAGUGCAGAAGGAGAAGCUCCAUGCUGCAUGGUGGACAACUACCGGCCUCCUCAGCCUUUGAAGGGCCGUCAGGUCCGCGCAUCCUUCAAAUAAACCCUACCUCAUCUUCAUAGCUUCAUUCUCCCUUUGCUUUUCAUUCCCUCUCUCCAUACUCCCACUGUUCUCCACAUGCAAUCUUUACUUAGUUUAUAUAAGCCUUAUUGAUCAGUCCAUCUGCUUACACUUUCUAUAACAUAGACAGUCUGGAUGUAUCUUGAAUAAAAUCAUUUUAAAAGGGAUUUUAAGCUUUGACACUAUUGGGACAUAGAUUAUGUACUAAUAAAAUGUGCCACUCCUCCCAGCUAACACAGAUAACAAGGGACUGGUGAUGUACUGAAAUUGUCACAACUACUAACAGUCGUACAUGAAUUCUGGAUCCUGAUCUCUUGUUAUGCAUCUGAUUUUCUUUGGCCACUCUUUAACCAACAAUCUAAAAGAUUUUCUUAUUUAUAGUGCAGUGUUAUUUGUUAUUAGUGUUAUUAAGUGCUGUGUACCAGUUCAGCCAGAAUUAGAACUUUAAAUAUUUUAAAAGUAGAAGUUAUGUUUGUGUUAUUAUAUGGAUUUGGAAUAGAUAUAAGAAUUUAAUGAAAUAUGAGAAUUUCAAUCAACAGUAAUAUAUACCAGCCCAUCUAAGGUGGAUGUAAGCCAUUUAUUUAACUGAAAAAACUCCAUCUUUUUGAAAGUAUAAGUAAUAUAUUUUGCCUUGUUUGAAAAUGAGAGCCUUUAACAACUUCCUGAAGCUUCUUUCUAUACAUUUCAUUGUGUUGACUUGUGCUGAAGACAGCUGCUCAGAUUGUUCAUGCCAGUGUUUUUAUUGAUGCCUCAUUUUGUAAUUUUGAGACAACAUGAUAACAGCAAUGACAGAAUCUAGGUUUGGAUAUGACAUUUUUUCAGUGGUGACUUUAUUUGUGCACCGUGGCUGCCACCCUGAUGCUUCUAUGCAAAUAAAUUUUUAGACUCACCUCAUGAUGGUAAUGCUAAGGAAUGUAAUGUUGUGAAGGACAGUCCUACAUAGUAAUGGCUGAUAGUGCAGUCUUAGGCAAUGUCUACACUAAUGCAGAUGAUUAGAAAAUGCAGUGUGUUGGGUUUACAUCCAAUCGGGGUAAACAGAGCUUCUUCACUGACACAUCUGAAUUACUGUGGACCUGGCCUUAGACAACACAUUCUAUGAGUGGCCCUACAGUACAAAUGUCACUCCAUUUUUU